CACGGCUGCUUCCAUCUAUCCAUGCAGUUCACUUCAUUGUACUGACUGUGUUCAUCAAUUAGGCAAGAAUUAAGCCGUUUUAGGUGCAAUCGCGACCUUAUAGCACUUCCAAGGGGAUCGUACGCCGCGGACGGAGGCGCAGAUAAGUUUUGAGUGCGGGAAAGCGGAGAGAAACGAAACACAGAUAUGCCCUCAGUAAUGGAGCGCUCGGGGGCCGGGGUCCUGUCCAGGAGCAGAGCCAAGACCGUAACCAACGGCAACAGCCAACCACACUCCGAGGAGGAGAGCAGCGAUGAAGAGCAUGCUCACGACAGUAUGAUCAGAGUGGGAGGAGACUACCAGGCUCAGAUCCCAGAGUUCAAACCAGACAGCCCAAACCGCUACAAUGAGAAGGACCAGAGGAGCAUGUUGGUGUGGUGUCCCAACAGUCAGCUCUCUGAUGCAAUGUUGGACGAGUACAUCCUGAUGGCUAAAGAGAAACAUGGAUACAACAUGGAGCAGGCCCUCGGCAUGUUGUUGUGGCACAAACACGACGUGGAGCGUUCACUGGCCGACCUCGCCAACUUCACCCCCUUCCCAGACGAGUGGACGGUGGAGGAUAAGGUGCUGUUCGAACAGGCCUUCAGCUUCCACGGCAAGAGCUUCCACCGCAUCCAGCAAAUGCUUCCAGACAAGCUGAUCUCCAGCUUGGUAAAGUACUACUACAGCUGGAAGAAGACCAGGACCAGGACCUCAGUCAUGGACCGACAGGCCAGGAGGCUGGUCAACAAGAGGGAGAAAGAUGACAGUAACGACGAGCUGGAGGAAGGAGACCCUGGCAGUGACAGUGACUUUGAGAUUGACAACAAGAAAGAGGCAGUGAAACAGAACCCCAGCAGCACCAGCUCCGACAAGGCCAUCCCCAGUCGCUCUGGCCCCAUAAAGAAGGAGAACAUCGGGGCUCAGUAUCGCCACCACCCGCUCAGAGCCCGCCGCAGGCCACCCAAAGGCAUGCACCUGGACCAGGGAGACAUCAUGUCCCUGUCGACCUCUCACGAUGCCGGGGUGCUAACUAUACGACAGCUGGACGUACAGUUGGUGUCCCUGAAGAGACAAGUUCAGUCUAUCAAACAGAACAACAGCAGUUUGAAACAGGGCCUGGCUGAAGCUGUUGACCCUUUUAGACCUGCUGAGCCUGCCCCUAAGAUGAACUCUCGUUGGACCACAGAGGAGCAGCUCCUGGCUGUGCAGGCCAUCCGGCGUUACGGUAAAGACUUCGCAGCCAUUGCAGAGGUGAUAGGGACCAAGACGCCAGCUCAGGUGAGUUCGUUCUUCGUGAGCUACCGGCGCCGCUUCAACCUGGACGAGGUGCUGAGGGAGUGGGCGGCCGAGCAGGUGGCCACCAGCCGAGACCAGAGAGACCCCAGGAGGGGCGGCGAGGAGAUCGUGGCGGCUGCAGAUGGAGGUGCAGAGGAGGACGAGGUCAAAAUGGAAGACUCUCCCUCAGAUGCUGCAGGCAGCUCCUCUCCCCCCUCAUCCACCCAGACCCCGUCUUCUCUCUCCCAGCCACCUCCGCUGCUGCGCCCCGCGCCUCCCUCGGCUCCCCCCAGCCUCCUCCGUCAGCCUCCUCCGCUCCAGACACGCCCGCUCCAGAACCGAGCGCCCCACAACCACCCUCCGCCUCCACUCAUCCGACCCGCAGUGACCUCCUCCUCAUCCUCCACCGGGAGCUCCAGCCUCAGGGCCUCUCCUCCCAGCUCCUCCUCCUGUUCCUCCAGUGCAGGGCAGAUGCCUCCGUCGCUGGUCGGGCUCAAAGUGGAGCAGCCCAACUCGCACUGAUAACACACACACACACACACACACACACACGUAGGGUAGAAACACACACACACACACACAUUAGCAUGCAGACAAACACAAACACAACGCUUUCUGUUUUCUCAGAGAAAACUCCUUCACUCCAUCGCUCCUCGCCUUCAUCCCUGGGACCAUUACACAUCACAUGACCACACGAUCAACUGAACACACUCAGGUCCCAGAGGCCACGCCACAGCUCUUAAAACGUGGCAGGAAGAGUGUGAGGACCCCCUCGUCGAGGCCACUUUGAAAGGCAGUGAUCCGAAGCCCCUUUACUGACAAGACACCUACCUCCAGACCAUAGUGUAACACACAGACACACACAAACACAACAAACAAACAAACUGGGAACUCAAAACGAACACUACCUGCACACACCUCGCUGAACCAAACAAAAAGAGACACUGGAUCAUCAAGCUGUUGAAGAAAGCCAUGACCACAGAGAGCAAACCCACCUGCUCGUCUCCAUGGCAACUGUUGAACAUCUGGAUUGCGGAGGAGUGUGGUUGAACACACACACACACACACACUAUAUAUAUAUAUCUAUACUGUAGGUUCCACUGGGCAGGUAUCAAAUCAUCCAAAAAGCCUUCAGGAAAAACAACUGAUGAAUAAAUGAGGGAAAGAAAAGAUGAGAAAAAACGGAGGAAGAGCUGCCCACACCUGAGCCAAACCCGCUCCUCCCGAGAGGCCGCGUAGAUUAGAAAAUCACGGUGGAAAUCGUCACGGAGGAACGCGCCCUUUUCCUUUCGAGCUUCGCUUUAAAACCUGGGCCCUCGAAGAGGAGCAAAGGAAACCCGAGCUCUGUGAUCAGAGCUGAGAGGUCACGGCUGUGGCUCUGCAUAGUUCAAAGCGCUGGUUCAGAAUUGGGCAAAAAAAAUGGAAAAAGAAGCGAGUGAUCACACCACUCCGUCUUCUCUCAUAGCCAUGUAUUAGUAGUAUUUACUGGAGUGAUGUUUUCCUUUGUUUUGACUAGACUUUUAAAGGUGAGCCGUAGAUAGGCAGUUAGUUAUUGUAAGUAGCUAAGAUAGUGCAUACUUUAUUAUGAUGAUGAUGAUGAUAAUUAUUGACUGAGCACUAAAGGAGAAGAGGAGCCUUCUAACACGUGUGACUGGACUGUGUCUCACAUUUCAACAAGACAUUUUGCCACAGCUUAUUUUCACCUGUCCAGUGCCGAAGUCCCCACCGUGGGGCCCCCAGGACGCUGGGCGCUGUGACGAGCGGCAGGACGAAGCAUCAGCUUCUGCGUGAUGUGCGAUGACCUUCUGUGACCUCCUAUGGAUUUGUGUACACUGAAAAAGAAAAGGAAAUGUUCUGCCAAAGUCUGUUAUUGCUUUAAACGUUCAUUGUCCCACAACAACAUUUUUGGAAACACUGUUUUUCAGUUUGUUGCUGAGGCUGCUGUCAUCUGUCUUUAUGAAGCUAACACCAGCAGCUGGCUAACUUAGCUUAGCACAGUGGAAACGGCUAGUUAGUUAGCCUGGUUCUGUGUGUUUUAAGUCUUUGUGCUGGCAGCUGCUGGUGGAAGCCUCAUUUGACAUAUACAGACAUGAGUGUGAAGUUAUCUCUCAGCAAACUGCAAAUAAUGUUGAACUGUUCAUUUAACAUUUCUGUAGGACAUCCAAGAUAUCAGUGUUUGGCUGAGAUGGUUCAAUUCAGCAUUAUUAUUUUUUCAGCCAGCACCUGAUGAUAAUUAAUCCAAAAAUGAACUUACAAAGAUGUGAUGACAACUCUGAAGCCCUCUGAGUUCAGUUAAGGCAGCUUUCCCUCUGCUAGCUCAGAGUCCUAACUCAGAUUUUCCUUCUCAGCCCUGCCACAGAGCAGCUUUCUGCCUCUGAACUGCCCCUCGCCUGCUGAGGCUGUGAUGUCAGGCAACUUCACGAACAAACGUAGAUGACUGAACAAUGUGAUACCUUCAUUACUUAUGUUUUUUUUGGACACAACCUGUUAGUCCCCAUGCUGAAUCUUGCCCCCCUCACAUUCCAGUUGCCUGUUCAUCACUGCCUCCUCAAUCAGAUCUGGGAUCACAAGUCGUGUGUAAACCUGUCUUUAAACAGCGUUCAGUGUUGCUGCUGCUGCUUUCACACAUCACCUGCUUUUCGUCAGCAGAGGCCUUCAGCGUUCACUUUAACGCGGCACUGAGUGGGAACGGAAGCAGCCCGUCACUACAUUUGGCUUUAAAGCGGCUUCUCUUUUGACUUUGCUUGGACUUUUCUUCCAUUUGUUUGAAAAACUGCUUACGUGUACUGUAUGUGAGAAGUUGUUUACAUUGUGGAAACUGAACUGUUUGUGUUUGAGAUGGGUUUUUUUUGUUUUUGUUUUUUAGAAUAAAGAAAUGACCAAAUA